CGCAUGCGCCCUGACCUGAGCAGUAUCAGUUGGAGAAGAAGCCAACAUGGAGGUGUUUGUGACUUCUCCGAGCUUUAGCUUCUGUAACUGGAUGUUUCCGGACGGAUCUCUGGUCCGAGAUGUUCUGACCCGGUUCCUCCAGCAGCGGGGAGUUAGUUCUUCGGAGGAUUUCUACGUCAUCAGAAAUGGUGGCCUGUCUGAUCCUGAGGAUGCUCUGCAGCGUGGAGCCGUCUAUCGCCUGGAGCCCCGUCUCUGCGGAGGGAAAGGAGGGUUCGGCUCGAUGCUGCGAGCUCUGGGCGCUCAGAUCGAGAAGACGACGAACCGCGAGGCGUGCAGAGACCUGAGCGGACGCCGCCUCCGAGACGUCAACCACGAGAAAGAGAUGGCGGAGUGGCUGAAGAAGCAGACGGAGCGCGAGGCGGAGAAGGAGCAGCGGCGCCUGGAGCGCCUGCAGAGGAAGCUGGCCGAGCCCCGGCACCAGUUCACCGACACAGAGUACCAGCGGCAGUGCCACGACCUGUCAGAGCGCCUCGAGGACUCAGUCAUCAAAGGUCUGCAGGCGUCCUCCAGCGGUCAGGUGAAGGUGGACGACGUCUCGCCGCCAAAGAGGCCUAGCCGCGAUCACAGCGAGCAGCCGCAACCGAAGAAGAAGAAGAAGAAGGCAGCCGCCGCAGCGUGUUACUGGACAGGUGUGGGCGAGAUGCUGAGCUCAGAGGAUGAAGACGAAGAAGAUUCCCCGUCCACGUCCUCCUCCUCCUCCUCCUCCAGCUGUGGAGCCGCUGCUGCUGUUACCAUGACGACACGCACAGAGGAGGCGGAGCAGAGCAGCAGCUCGUCUGCUGCCUCUGACUGCAGUCCGUCCUCAGAGACCUGCAGAGAGCACAAAGCUCCGGAAACUUCUAGACCUGCAGAAGCUUCUAGACCUGCAGAAGCUUCUAGACCUGCAGAGGAGUCUGGCUGUUUGUCUCCACAGCAGGGUGGUCCUGCGGUCCAGGGUGGUCCUACGGUCCAGGGUGGCCCUGCUGUGGACGUGUCCUCGCUGUCCUCCGUGGAGCAGCUGGAGGCUCUGGGUCUCAGCGUCCUGAAGGAGGAACUCAUGUCCCGAGGGUUGAAGUGCGGGGGAACGCUGACUGAGCGCGCCGCACGCCUCUUCUCUGUCAGAGGACUGACUCCAGAUCAGAUCGACCCGGCCCUGCUCGCCAAACCCGCCAAGACCAACAGGAAGUGAACACAUGAACACUCUGAAGCCUUCGUUAUUGUUUCUCAUCGGACACUUUCUUUCUUUAGCUUCUUUUCCCACAGCUGAGAGGUGUGUGUGUGUGUGUGUGUGUGUGUGUGUGUGUGUGUGUCUGUGUGUGUUACCUAAGUGUGUGUGUGUGUGUGUGUGUGUGUGUGUGUGUGUGUGUGUUCAACAUGUAACUACAUAUUAUCAACAAAUCAGGUUUUUAGGUGGUUUGUGAAUUCAUCCAAUUAGAAAGCAGCAUUUUCCAGAUAAUGUUUGAUAUUUCUGUCUGUACGGGGCUUCUGUUCCCAAAGUUGACCUGUCAGAUAUCAAGUUUGAUGUUUUUAUUAAAAAUGUUUCUGAAACAUAA